GGGGAGACGGGAAUUCAUUCCCAAUUUCCACCUACUACCUCCAGCCCCCUUACAUGUCUUUCCCCCGCACGAGGCUCGAGACAUCCGCUCCUGGCAUGGCCGGUAAGAGCAGGUUGGGACCCUUGAAAAAGAAAAAAAGAAAAGAAAAAUAACAGAAAACAAGCAUAAUAGAAAGAAAAGGGGUUCCAACCAUCCUUAAGCAGAAAAUAGAGCACCUUGAAAAAUGUGAGUCCAUGAUCUGUUGUUUUUGAGAAUCUCUUCAUCCACAAUUCAUUUGUCCUCUGUUCACUAUUUGCCAUGAUGCCGACUCGCCGAAGAAGUUAUGAGAUGACUUGUGCGUCGGUUGACCUCGUAAGUUGCUAAAUGAUCUAGGAAGUCCUCUACCUACGAUCUGGGUUGUUUGUUGCUAUAGAGGUCUGGAGAGUUGCAUUGGUUUGAGUUAGGUUUGCUUGGGGACAAGCAAACGGUUAAGUGUGGGGGAGUUUGAUAGACCGUUAGUUACACAUGUUUUCACCCCUGUUCUUACACCGUUUGAGAUGUGGUUUCUCGUGUUUUAGACCGAUUUCACGCUAGGUUGUGCUUGUUUGUGAUAUUUCAGGUCCUGGCAAGUGAAUGAAGGUUUAGGAGCGAGUUUGGGGUCGAUUGGGCGAAGAUCGGGCGCGAGACAAGUCGCAAAGGAGGUCACACGGGCUACCCUGAUGUUCACACGGCCGCGCGAGAGGCCAGUCUGGCCGUGUGACAUUCUGCGAGAGCAGACAUGGGCAGAGCAGCAGAUUGACACGGCCGUGCAAGUGGCCGGGUUGGCCGUGCCACAUUCGCCGAGAGCAGACACGGGCAGAAGGAAGUCACACACGGCCGUGCCACCCUGGCCGUGUAAGAAGCCUGGAAUUCGACUAAGUGAUACGAUGCGUUUUGCCUCACACGGGCAACUGGGUAGGCCACACGGCCGUGCCACCCUGCCCGUGUGAGUCGGGAUUUUCUGCUUAAAACCCGAUUUUCAGCCAAAGGAGAGGGGAGAGCUGGGUUUUGGAUCCCAAACACCCAAGGGACGAACCAAAGAGAGAGAGGGCGAUUUGAGGGCAUUCUUGGAGUGGAUUUGGGGGAUUUCUUUGCCUUGGAAGCUCGAGGAACAAGCCCGGACUUGAAGACUGAUCAUCUGAAGAUUCUUACUGCAGUCUCUCUCUUCUCUAUGGAGUAACUUCCCUUCACUUAGGUUUUGAGGAACCCUAGCUAUGUUUGUUUGAUUGGAUGAUUGUAUGAGUACUCUGACUGGAUAAUCUUGAGUUCAUAUUCAAUCUAUGCAUGUUUUCAUGAUUCAAUUCUACUUUAAUCGAGAUUAUUGAUUCUGCUUUGAUUCUAUGAGAGGGAAUACCUGAUUAGGUCAAUAGAGCACCAUAGAUUGAUAGUAGUGGAUCGAUUGCUUUAGUCGAGGGUUGAUUCACUGCUUUGUAUCGAUUGAGAACCUCUUUCGAUAGAGGGAGUCUAGUUCAGAAUGCCUUGAUCAGUUGUUCUAGAGAAGGAUACGUCCCUCUAGGCAAUUGACUCAAGAGGGGCCUUGUUCCUUUAGUCGAGACUCAAGGUCUACUCAAGGAUUCUCCGCAUUGUGAAUGAAAGUGAAACAAGUUGGAAAUCAUCAAUCGUUAGUCUGGCUAGUGGCUAGGGGGAAUCAUACCUAAGUGAGUUCCCAACCUGUAAUUAGAUUAACUUUAACUGUAGUUUGCUAGAGUAGUUUUAGCUCUUUCAUCUUAAUCUGAUUUGCUAAAUAAUAAACUGAAGCUGAGUAAUAGUAACUCUAGAGACCCGUGGAUUCGAUAUUUAUCACUUGAGCCACUAUACUGCAGUCCCUUCCAUUGGUUACACUUGGCCUUUGUUAGGAGUUGUGUCGUAGCGAGUCAGGUAGCAAAGUAUCAAAUGUCUUCUGCCAAACUCGCAAAACUCCCCCUCCUAUUGCUACCUCCCUUCAUCUAGAUCAUGAAGAACGUGGUACCUCUAGUGGUGAAACUCUCUAUCAAGGUCGAAUCUUUUCUAUACCUAACAUCUAGCAGACCACACAUCAUGUUUAGUGUGUGUCUAUAUGCUAGAUUCCAAGCUAAUCCUAAGCAAUCUCAUCUAACAACAGCAACAAAAAAAAAAUCGCUACCUUGCUCAUACCCCUAUCUUAGGAAUCUGGUAUCCCUCAUCCGAUUACCUAGAAUUUAUAGGAUACUCACUCAAACUUUGCUCCUAGCAGGACUAGCAGAAAAAGUACCUCUAGCGAGUAGCGGCUGUCUAUUCCUAGAUGAGUCACUCAUUUUCUGGGCUUCAAAGAAGCAGGCAUGUGUUAUGUUUUCCACGACCGAAGCUGAAUACCUUGUUGCAUGAAACUGUUGUAUGCUACUCCUUUGGCUCAAGCAACAGUUGCAGAACUAUGUACUCUAUGUCUCUAACUUGCCAACUCUAUGUGAUAACUCAAGCGCCAUUAGUAUGAGUAAAAAUCCAGUCCAACACUCUAGAACUAAGCAUAUUGAGAUCAACAUAAUUUCCUCCGAGAUUUAGUAGUUGAAGACUGAAGUAAUAUCUAUUUCCAACAUUUAUAUAGAUCAACAAAUGGAUAACAUAUUAACUAAACUGCUAAGUUAUGAUCGUUUCGCCUACCUCCGCCAUAAAUUAGCUAUGAUAAAUAGUGUCACUCUUCUCUCUAAGUGACCACUAGUUUAAAAUUAUGGUUCCCGCUAAGGAAAGAUUUUGUCUUUCAUCAAUUCCUUUCAUUAGUUUCAUCUCACUUGUAUAUCUUCUAGACAUCACCUUUUCAUCUUCCUCUUCUCUCCUCCGCCUCCUUUGCUAAUAGCUAACUGCGAUGCCAUUCUAACUUAAGCCAAUGAUGAGUGUAACUUAGUCAUCAGUCAAGGCGAUUACUACUUCUUCUCUAGCAUGCUCCCCAUUAUCAGUAAGCACGAGCUUCCCCUUUUAUCAUCCUUUCUGGAUGAAAUUUUCUGUCAUAGCCAAUCUCGGAUAGGAAGGGUUCUUUGACCUUCGAACACCUAAUUCCUCAGUGGUUUGCACUCUCAUUUUAUGAAAUUUCUAUCGCAAUCUUCGUCUGGUUGAAUCAGUACCAUCUCGGCUUACAUAAAAUUUCCUAGGUUCCAUGUCAACUUCGCCCCCCUAACAACUGCCUGCCACACUUCACCUCCCAUCUCAAGUUCUUCCCCUUAGUUAUAUGCCAAAUUUUGAACUCUAUGACUUUAACUACACCGAUGAGCUAUAACAACUGACUUAGGGGGUCAUCGACAUAUUUGUUCUUCUUGACCUCUUAAGGUGCUACACUGGCUCAUCACUAGAUUCUUCAUUCAUCCUGUUAAGCAUCUCUUCACCAUUGAGCAUAUUGGUCUCUUCAUUUUGGUCAAAGUUAUUCGAGGAAGAAAGAUCAAUAUUGCCUCCCUGAUGUGUCUUCACUUAGUUGAGAUUGCUCCACACGAAGACUUUAGGAACAUUACUCUUCCCUAUGCCACCCUUAUCACCAAGUUUCUUGAUGAGAUUGGGUGUAACCUUGAUGUGUACUGUAUUGAGCAUAGGUUUGUCCCCCUAUUCUUUUCAUGCCAUUCUUACAACCAAAAGAACCUAUCACCAUCUUAGGGAUUCCAGCCACCAAGGGGGAGAAUAAGGACAAUGUUAGCAGAGUUAGCUCUAAGGGUACAAGUUGGCAUGUUAAGGGGAGAACCUGUUAAGGGGGAGCACAGAAAACUUCAGGUUAGGAUCUAGUAUAUGUUAAUAUCUCUUUUGAUAUGUUCUCAUUUUGAUAUGAUCUUAGUCUCUUUUGAAAUAUUGAUGAUAUGUUCUUCCUUCGUUUACAUUCUUUAGACUUCGUCUCGAACUUAUAAAAUCAAGUUAACAUAUCUUAUGAUGGUUGGUAUCCCUUGAGAAUUUAUGUGUCGCAGAAAGAAAAGCAGGGUAGAUUGUUGGGAAAAGGAAAGGUUUUCCCUUUAUGAUCACAUCUAUCUAAAAGGUAAUAUCCUCAGUAAAAUCCCUAUAAUUCCUACUACUAGAUAUACCUCUAAAAGUAUGAUCGCAAGAUCUCCAAAAUACAAAAGGAUCAAAAGAAGAAUCUUUCAAAUAAAUAAAAAAGAUCACGAGAAGACGAUUGCAUCAAGGAAGUAUCAAUAGAAGGAAACAACAAGACAAGUCUCACGAAAUAUGGCAGAGCAAUCAUACACAAAGCAAGAUCAAACAUUCUACGAUUAGCAAUAAGUGUCAGAAGUGAUA